AUGUCGAACAAUGCGCCCCGCGCGACACGGGCGGUGCUGCCGUCGCUACCGGAGCUGCAGAAGAAGCCGGUGAAUCCACAGACAGAUGGCUUGGAACUGUGCAAACAAGCCGUUGCUUUGCUGGUAGGUGACAUGCGGGCAGAAAUUCAGCAAGCAGUGGGAUUGCUGAAAAGUGAAGCGGAAAACGCUACAGCUUCGAAGAAUCCCCUGGCAACGAAGUUGCUGGGAGUGGCUGACAAUCUGCAGAAUGUUGAGAAGGACGCUCUGGGCAAGAUGCGUGAGUUGCUGACGCAUUCCCAUUGGGAGCUGGGUCAACGGUUGGAUCAGCAGAUGCAGGUCAACGCUCUCAUGAGCGACCACCUGGGUGCCUCCCGGGAUCUGACGGUGGAUACUGUGCAGCGGAUCGAACAGUCCAUGAAGCGCCUGGAGGUCAACAUGACGCGAGAGUACGGAGAGCUCCGCAGUGAAUUGGGGAAGGUGAAGGAGAUCGUCGUUGGAGUCUCCGCACAGGUUGACAGCGAAUCGCAAGCAGUCCAAAGCCACAGCCAGCAGCAGACCUCGGACCUCGAGGGUCGCUUUCUGCAGCAGCUCAGCAGCGUGCGGUCGGAGGUGGAUGCGCAGAUCACGGGAAGUUCCGAGAAGUUGCUCGGUGCCUUGGGACGGCUGCAGGAUGAGACCUUGAGAGGCAAUGAAGGCAUCACCACGAUCAUCAGUAUGGAGAAACAGCUGAAAUCCAUCGCGGACAAAAUCACCACUGAAGUCUCCAUCUUGCAACAGCAAGAUGACCAGCACUACGUGGGCCUAAACGAGUCGUUUGACAUCAAGAUUGCGAAGCAGGAGCAGCAGCUUGUGGCCCUGGUCCAGCAUUCCGAGAGCACGCUCUCGCUGCCGCAGGAUGUGAACCGAUUGAGGCGGAAGGUGAACGAAGACGUGCGCCUGGUGUUGGCUGAGAUUACCCGGGUGCAGAAGGCGUUGCAGGUGGAUUACCUGCCGCCCACCAAGGGCAUGCGCUCAGGAAGCCGAAAGUUGAGUGACCCGCAUCGAGACCCUCAUCGGCGGGGCUCCAGAGACGAGACGGAUAAAGACACGCAGAAAGCAGCCACAGUGGCCAUCGUGCAACUGGCUGAACCGCUGGACCGCGCCAAGCCGGGCUCGAACGGCUCAACGAAUGGCUUGAGCUCGCAAACGAGCGCAGACUUCAAGGACUUCAAGGAGAACGUCAAGCUGCCGCCGCCGAAGACCUCGAAGUUCGCCCGCCUGGCGCAGCAGGCGAGCGCCGCCUCACGGGCCGCUGACCUUGAAGCGGAUCUGUUGGACGAUGCGCCCGACUCCUCGGAGGCUGAGAAACGCUUUCGAGACUUUGGGAUCCAAGCAGAGGCACUGACGAAAGACAAUGCGUCGCAGACGGAUGCAUCAUGGAAUGAGUUGGCAAUGGAAAAACUGAGACAAGAAAAGAAAAAGAAGAAGAAGGCUGCGAAUACCAAAGAGGAGGUGGUGAAUCAGCAGAGAAGUCGUGCUGCGAACCUCACACCCAUCGACAAGUUGAAGGAGAAAGCAACUGCCGCUGCCAUGAAGAAGCAGUACAACGUCUUUGACUACUACAGGGACGAAGGAUGUGCGCAGCGCAUCGCACGGCAUCCUUUCUUCGACAAUCUCACCAUCUUGGUGGUCAUGGCCAACUCAGUGUGGCUCGGGGUGGAUGCUGAUCUGAACCAGGAGGCAAUCCUGUUCAAUGCCCAUCCUGCCAUCAUCGUUGGAGAGAACUUCUUCUGUGUGUACUUCACGCUGGAGAUCAUCAUUCGCUUCAUGGCUUUUCAGCGGAAGCUCAAUGCCUUCAAGGACUUCUGGUUCAAUUUUGAUUGCUUCUUGGCCAUCCUAAUCAUCGUAGAGACCUGGGUCACACCCGUGAUGUUGCUGGCGGCUGGCGGCUCUAGUGGUCUACCGGAGGGGACGGUGCUGUUGCGCCUCAUCCGUUUGGUUCGCCUGGUGAGGCUCACCCGGCUCACCAGAUUGUUGCGAUCCUUCCCAGAGUUGAUGAUCAUCGUGAAAGGUUUGACCUUCGCGGCCAGAUCUGUCUGUGUUUUCUCCCUGCUGUGGUUUAUCAUCACUUAUGCCUUCGCCAUUAUUCUGAGACAGCUCACAGAGGGCUCAAGUAUCGGUGAUGCAUUUUUCAAAUCAGUGCCCGAGUCCAUCAACAGCUUGUUGUUACCUGCAGUCUUCGGAGCAAAUGCUGACGUGAUCAACUCCAUCACAGUUGGGAAUCCUGGGUUGUGGCCCAUCAUGGUCUUUUUCAUGGCCUUGGUCUCAGUCACGAUCAUGUAUAUGCUCCUGGGCGUUUUGGUGGAUGUCAUUGGAGCUGUAGCCUCCACCGAGAAGCAAAAGAUCGAGAUCACCUUCAUUGCAGCUGGGGUGGGACAGCUUAGGGAAGAGCUUGAGAAGCUGAACAUCAUCCCGGAGGCUAUGGAGCUGAACCAGGUUGACUUUCAGAAGCUCGUCCUGGAGCCGGGGAUUGUCCGUGUCAUGCACGAGUCCGGCGUGAACGUAGAGGUGUUGGCCGAAAUGUUGGACCUAGUCUGGGAAGAUGCUGCGAAGACCUCGCAGAACAUCACCUUCUCCGAUUUGGUGAACAUGGUCCUGGGAAUGCGGGGCUCCAACCCUGCCACGGUGAAGGAUUGCAAGGAGCAGAUCCGGGUCACCAACAGUUUGAUCAAACGCUGCUUCGGCGAUUUGUACGACGAAUUGGAUGAGAAAUUCCAGCAAAUGCGAACGGAGAUACAAAACAGUCUGGACAACGAUGCGGACUACGAUGAUGAGGAUUACGACGUGACACAGUCCGCACAGUUCGAAGUCAUGGACGUGGAAGCUGUGGAUCUGUCGCAUUUGGGUACGUUGAACUCGACGGGAAUCAGGGACCUUGCCACUCAUGACCUUGGCGGCGCUGUGAAGUUCGAAGUGGAGCCGCCCUUGCCUCCAGGCCUCACCUUGAACCCGGCCACUGGAACCAUCAGCGGGCAACCAGUGGCCGCGGUAGCGGAGAGGAGCUACUGCAUCAAGGCCAUAGCCUCUACAGAGCUGGUGCUGCGAGUAGACGAACCCGAAGUCGAAGAACCCGAAGGAGAUGUCGUGGAGAAAGUGUCCAUCAACGAGGAUUUCGCAACACAACUGGAAGCUGUUACACAGAUUGAGAACAUGCUCCCAGAACCACCUAAGAUCAGGGGGUCUUAUGGUGACUGGAUGAUUUGGAUGGUGCACAGGGCUCAUUUGGACGAUCCAACUCUGGUGGAUUUCAACUUUGGCAACAUGCACAUGCCGCCGGCGCACCUUGAGCCGCGGAUCGCUCCGAAGUUGGUGGAUGCCAUGGGGAGGAACACACACAUCGAGGUGCUCACUUUGUCCAACUCCAAUCUGCAGAAGGCACAAGGGGUCGAGCUCGCGGGCUCCUUGCGGAAGAACCAGACGGUGAAGUCGGUGAAUCUGGAGCGUGGCGUCUCAGAGGGCGAUCCCCAUGGGGAUAUGGACAAUCCGGAAAGUUCCAUUGAACACCUUCGCUUCUCUCACCAGAAGCAGAUGGGUCAGUUCUUUGGGAGGCCAACAGAGGAAGCCGUGGGACAAAUGAUGUGGCGAAAUGAGUCCAUUGUGAAGCUCGGCUUCGAGUGUGACGAUGCGCAUUGGAGAAAUAUCAUUGACCGCAGCCUGUUGCGCAACAACGAUUUUUGGCGGAAACGCCAUGCCCCUCCAGACCCAGAGGCCCUUCCGACUGCGGAAGAACAUCCUCUAGGUCACAUUCGGCUCCUGCAAGUCCCAGAGGCUUUGUCUAAAGAGGUUCUCAGCAAGUACCCGGUUCUAUGCGAAUACCUGGACAACAACCUCAAGAUGCCAACCACGCUGCAGUUGCAGAACUGUGCCAAAAACAGUGGUCUUCAACUGUCCUACACCGUGGCAGCUCCCAUGAUCAAAGAGUUUCGCUCCUGGAUGAUCGACAAAGCUGUGGGACAGCAGGUGGCCGUCUUUGACGUCUUCAACACCUCAAUCCAUGGCAUUCUCCGGCGAUGGAGCUCGGAGCAUGACAACUGGGCGGUCGAGAUUGGAACUGAGGAAGGCAAAAGGCAGGGCAUCGGGUGCACCUUCAGGUCCUCUAAGGAUCCAGCAGUCUCAGUGUCAGAGCAAUGGGUCGAUUGGCUGCGCAGCGGCAAGCAGAUUGGUUGGGCACAGAGCCGUGCGGGCGCGUAA